AUGAAUGAACAUUGUCGAAAGUUAAAUGCUCUGAAAGAGCUCUAUCUUGCAAUUAGAGCCAAUAAACCUAAACUAGUAUUGUUUACUUUGCGUCGACAUCGAAAUUUAAAUAUAAAUUCGAAUUUAAUGCGAACUUCAGCUCUUCUGUUAGCGGUUCGAAAUCAAAAUGAAACUAUCGUCCGUAUAUUAUUACAUCAUAACUGUGAGUUAAACAAACUAUCACCUGACGAAAGCGGUCGCCUUGAAACGCCUCUUUACACGGCUGUUCGCCUUCACAAUUACAACAUUGUCGAGCUACUCCUCAUGUUUGGAGCAGACCCAAAUGUGACGGUUUCGGAUAAUCGAACGCCAUUGUAUACUGCAACUAAAGAAGGUUGUUUCAAUAUUUGUCACUUAUUAAUUGAAUAUGGAGCAAACUUGGAUAUUCCAGAUUGUAUGGGACAAACGCCUUUGCAUCUGGCAUGCCGAAAUAUCAAUGGUCGCGAACAAAUUGCAUUAUUACUUAUUGCCCAUGGAGCUAAUCUAAAUGCUGUAGAUUUCAAACGGCGUUUUCCACUUGAUUUUGCUGAGGCAAAUUGUUCUAAAAGCACGAUUGAAAGCCUUAUUGAAGAUGGUUCGCCAAUUAGCAAGCAUUUGAAAGAACGGAUACGGUGUUUGAUGCAAUCAAAAUUAGAACAACGAGCAUGGAUGAUAAGUCAAAGUGAUGGCUUGUCCAUUAUCAUUAAGAAAACUCGUCUGGAGGUACCUACAUUAUUAAUAUUAUCAAAAGCACGAAUUCGAAUUUUGCUGCGUCGCCGAGCAAAACGUAUUGGUAACACAUACAGUAUUUGGCCUCUUGUCGAUUCUCUUACAAUGUUGUCCGCUUCUCUCAGGAACUCCCUGAAACUACUAGAAUCUUUCCAACCGGAAUAUUGCAAUAGUUAA